GAAGCUGACAAAUCAUUUUUAACAGAUAAACCCCUCCCACCAUAGUUCCCACUUCGUUGAACAGAUAAACCCCUCCCACCGUAGUUUUUUAAAAAGAAGUUAGGAAGUAGAAGAAGAAAAUGAGAAUGAGUUCAUCAAUUGGAAGUAUUUUGCGUCCAAUCAACACAGCCCUCUUCUCCUCCAACCGUCGCUUUAUAAGCUCUCCGGCCCUUUCGCCGACCAGACUAACCAAAGUUUGGUGUCAUUCUUCCUCUAACUCUUCCAACCUCCACACUCAAUCUACUGUUUCACUUCCAGCUAAGUUGGAGCCAUUCGAUGAGGGUAAAGUGAGUGUAUUGAAGCAGAAAAUGGAGCUGCUUGGGGUUACUUGCAAUCAUUCCUGGGUGCCCGGACGAUACUAUAAUCUUUUAUGUCCUAAGUGCAAUGGUGGGCAAUCUAUGGAGAGGAGUUUGUCAUUUCACAUCGUCCAAAAUUGGGAAUUUGCUAUGUGGAGGUGCUUUCGCAUUGAUUGCGGUUGGGCUGGUCGGGUGUUUGCAGAUGACCGGGAAGCAGAAAAUAGAGCCGAAAGGAAAGUCAAAUCAUCUGGAGAAUUGUCAGAAAAGAGCCUGGGUUUAGUGCCUCUUGGUGAGGAGCUUAUUGCCUACUUCCGUGAGCGAAUGAUCUCUGAGGAGACUCUGCAUAGAAAUAGUGUUAUGCAACUUUCUGGUAGCAAGCUUGUCAUUGCGUUUACUUAUAGACGAAAUGGACUUCUAGUUGGUUGCAAGUACCGGACUAUAGAGAAAAAAAGAUUUUGGCAGAUGAAGGAUACAGCAAAAGUGUUAUAUGGACUGGAUGACAUUAUUGAUGCAUCUGAAAUCAUCAUUGUUGAAGGUGAGUUAGAUAAGCUCUCAGUGGAGGAAGCUGGCUUUCCCAAUUGUGUGAGUGUUCCUGGUGGAGCACCAGGAAAGAUUUCUCAUACAUUACCAUCUUCUGAGAAGGACGUUGCAUUUCAGUACCUUUGGAAUUGCAAACAAUAUUUGGAUAAGGCUUCUCGAAUUAUCCUUGCGACUGACAGUGACGUACCUGGCCAAGCUUUGGCUGAAGAGCUAGCUCGUCGUCUUGGAAAAGACAGGUGUUGGCAAGUAAGUUGGCCAAAGAAAGAUGAGCAUAGCUGUUACAAAGAUGCUAAUGAGGUUUUGAGAUAUAUGGGACCAUGUGCUUUGAAGACUUUAAUUGUUAGUGCCAAGCUAUAUCACAAGUCUAUGGAUGACCAAGAAAUAAAAUCUAUGGAUGACCAAGGAAUAUGAGGCCUAUACUCUAUAAAUUAUACUCAUACCAAACUUCUGUAUUAUGCAAUUGCAACAAAAGAUGGAGGAGAAAGGUGUUGAUUUUACAAACAGAACUGAGUUUCCCUCUUAUAAUCUGAUUGUAGAUAAAGUUAAAAUCUAGUUGUACUUGUAUGUAUAUGAAACUGAGAGAGGGACGUAGGAACUAGUUCUGAUACAAGUAGUCUAAUUUUAUGUAACUGAUGCUUAUGGUUGUGUUAUAAUUUACUAUGACAGAUAUUUGUUA